CCGGAAAAAAAUCUUGAUGCAUUUCACAACUCGACGUAGGACAAUUUCAGCCGGAUUUGGACGGAUUUCGGCGGUUUGGGCCGGUUUCUAGCACCCGAAUGUUUGCAGGAGAUGUGUGACAUCAUGAGGGGGAAGGAAGCCAUUGGUGUGAAGUCGGUCAGGUUUGGUGGGGAGAUAGUGGAGGUGUUGAAGAAUUUCAAAAGGGGUCAGGAAACAGAAUAUCACCUCCUUGUGCACCAGCUGUCAGACCCAGAUAUUAAGUCCCAGACACUGAUAUGCUGGCUGAAGGAACUGAAAGGCUGUGUCGCCUUCAUGACUAAAGAGUUUGAAACUUUGGUGGGGGUUAUACUGAAAAUGAGCUGGGCUAACAGUGAAGAUGAAGUAGUGAAGGAGUACCUGUCCUUCCUGGGGAACCUGGUGUCGGCACAGACCUUCUAUCUACGAGCCUGUCUCAAGAUGCUGGUCAAGACACUCGUACCAAGAGUGUCAAGCGACAUACCACUAGAAGAGGCUAAAAUUGAAGAGUAUAACAGAAUAUUUGAGAAUGCACACAGUGCAUUGCAGAGAGUCCUACACAUAGUUCCCCUAGCUCCCAAGUUUUUAGCACCAGUCCUGGUCGACUGUUUCCCCUAUAUGAAGAAAGAUGCCUUUGUACAGGAGUGUUAUGUGAGGAACCUGUUACAGAUGACAUCAUACGUGCCCAGCCUCAGACUGCCCAUCUUGGAGCUCAUCAUCGACAGGAUGAUCAGAAUAGAUGUCCACGCUCCUAAACAUGAACUAGAGGAGGAUGAAGAAGAGGAUGCAGAAGAUGAAACAAUGGAACACCAGGAUGAUACCAGUAUCCUGUUUGAAAUGGAUGGCAUGGAGUGUAGCAGUGGUAAGACAUCGGAACAGGUGAAAUCAGCACCCGAUCUGGCCGUUACCAUGGAGACUGGGGAGUCCAAACCUAUGACACAUGAGAUGGGAGACAGGCUGGAUGUGAUGAUGACUGUCAUGCUGCAGUAUAUCAAAGACUCAUGUCUGAACAAGGACACAGGUGAACUGCAGACCCAGCCUACCAUAGAGAUGUUUCGCCACCUGCUGACAGCGUUUGAGAAGUUGUUACUGCCGACCCACGCCUCCUGUCAUGUACAGUUUCUGGUCUUCUACAUCACCUCCUUAAGACAGGACCUGGCCGAUGCGUUCCUGAACUUCUGCUGGCGGAAGGUUCAGAGUCCCAACACACCGGUCAUCCUCCGCCAGGCCGCAGCAGCAUACAUGGCCAGCUUCCUCGCCAGGGCCAACUUUGUACCUCUCAGCACAGUGAUUGCUUGUCUAGAUCUCCUACUGCCAUGGAUACACAGAUACAUAGAUGACCAAGAUGGCAGCACGAGGUCUUACCCUGAUGUCAAUCUACAUGGAACCUUCUACUCUGUGUGUCAGGCUGUGUUCUACAUGUUUGUGUUCAGACACAAGCAAUUUGUGGAGUCUAAAAAGGGCUUGAACUACAUUCGGGGACUGAACUUUGACCGAGUGAUAAACUGCAGACUGAACCCCCUGAAAGUGUGUUUACCAACGAUAGUCAACAUGUUUGCCUCCAUUACAAGGAUGUACCAGAUAGUCAUGUGUUACACCAUCAUGGAGAGGAAUAACCGUUCAGUCCUGCCUGUUGUUGCCAGCAGCCAGGGAGGACCCACUGAUGUCACCAACCUCAACCCUCUAGAUGCAUUCUUCCCCUUUGACCCCUACAUGUUGAGUAGGUCCAAGAGGUUCAUCCAGCCCCUGUACCAGGAGUGGGAGGGCAGCGACCCUGAUCAAGAUGAGGCCGCCAAUUCUGAGGAGGAUGAAGAUGACUUCCUCCAGGGUGCCAUGUCACCAGGGACCCCCCACAUGGGCACCACACCCGGAUCUAUCCCAGAACUCCCUGGCUUCAGGAAAAGGAGACGCACAGACAGCAGCUGUCUAUCACCACCCUGAACUCUCACAGGAUGACAUGGCAUAUUUUUAUGUGUUUGUACAUGUACUCACAAUACAGCAUACAUGUAACAUGGCAUUGUACAUGUACCAUGUUUUUGUAUGUUGACUCAUAUAUCAUAACAUGCCAUUGUACCAUGAGUUUGUACAUGAAGUCACACAGCAUAACAUGGGCCUUUGUAUCAUCCAUUUACACAAUGACUUAUGACUAGUGCUGUCAUGUUGCCAGAGAUGUACAUAGAUCCAAGAUGACUUUCAGCUACUCAAUGUCUAACAUUGAUUCUAGGAAAGGAAUUUCUUAUUCUCUAGAGCGCUGAAACUAGAAGUACUAAGGGUAAAGAAUAACUAAAUGUAUAACCCCUCGCUCACAUUAUUGCUUCACUUGCAUAUUCAUAUCCAAUACAUCAAUACAUAAUAAUCACAUAAAGAUGUGUCUGCAGGUUAUUGUGCAUGAAGCAUGGCUACCAGUUUACAUCAUGUAACAAUGUUUGAUAUUUACAUAGACUCAGUAAAAUUUAUGUUGCUGACUAGAAAAUGCAUAUGAGUACUGCAAACUCUUUGUUACAAUGAGACUUGGACUGGAGUACAGAAGCAUUUGUAUGGUUACCUUCAUCUCACCAGCUAUUGUAUAUACAAAUUUACAUGUAAUAUAAGUUAACAUAUUUGGUGGGGCAGAAUAAGAUGUAACCAGAAGAAUGAUAUAUCUAACGCUAUAUAUAUGUAUUGUAUAAUAAAACCAUCACUGCCACUUUCAUUCCAGUGUUUCCAGUUUAUAUGCACAUACAGUAUUUUCAAGAGUAGAAAACAGUUAAUGUUACAUGUUACAUGCGGGUAGUAGUAUGUGGUGCAAUAUGCAGAUGACUUAUCUAAGUUGUAGUUCA